AUGAACUAUAGCUCUUAUAAUGAAUAUCAUCGAAAGAAUUCAAGAAUAUUAAGAGAGAAACCUAAUUACAAGAUACAAGAAACUCAUUCAUCCAUUACAAAAUCACCAUCAAAAGACAAACGCAAAUUCAAUGAAGAAUAUGAGGGGACAGCUAAUAAUAGUUAUCCAAUCCAAACAAACUUCUUUGUUAAUAGACCUCGUAUAGCUCCUUAACCAAUGUUUAAAACAACUGUAUAAAAACAUGGAGUUAUAAAAUAUGUUUUAAGAAGUACAGAAAGAAUACUUUCAGAAUCUCAAAAACAUAAUCUAAAUUUAAAUAAAAAAAGAUCUGAAAGAGAUUUAUUUUUUAAUAAAUUGAUAUCUGUUUCUACAAAGAGAUCAUAUAAAAAAAUUAAAUAAGAAUAUUUCAUAUCAAAUGAAGAAAGUGAUAUAUUUCCUAGAUCAGAGAUCACUUAUUUAUAAGAUAGUGAAGUAGAUAUUAAACCAUUUAUUGGCGAUACAUUACUUUAAGUUAAUCAUUUUGAAAAUAAAUUAAUCGGAAAAAAUAAAUAUUAAAUUAUCUCCUAUGCAAAAAAAGAAGAAAAGUUUAAUAUUUUAAAUUAAACACAAAAUUAAAUUAUUGAUGAUGAUGUUUCUGAAACAAAUGUUCUAGUUUUUAAAUCUAAGAAAAAAUUUUGA